CUCAAACUCGAGAAGGUUAAGUCUACGUCACACCGCGGGCUUUUAAUUCAGGUGAGCAGAAAUAAGGAAGACGAAGACUUAAAAAACAUAGAGGGAAAGUCCAUUGGCUCUAUUUCUUUCUAUAUAUCAAACAAUACCGAAAUGACCAUAUGCCUUGUGAGAGAAAGAAGGCUAAAUGAAGAACAUGAGGUAUAUGCCCAAGCACCAUUGUUACACCAUUUAUUUUUUCUUAGCUGCAAUGAUUUUGUUCCCAAGAAUUGCUAUCUCUGCGGACACCAUAACACCAACUCGUAGUCUCACAAAUGGCGAAAUUCUUGUCUCUGAAGGUGGCGUCUUCGAGCUUGGAUUUUUCACACCGGGCAAUUCAGGGAAAUGGUAUGUUGGCAUAUGGUACAAGAACAUUCCUGAUACAACAUACGUGUGGGUUGCUAACAGAGACGCCCCCCUUACAAAUUCAUCCGGAACUCUCAAAAUCUACAACCAAAGCAUUGCUCUUUUUGAUCAAGUCGGGACGCUUGUGUGGUCAUCGGACCAAACUGAGGCCGCCAACCCUGUUGCUCAGCUUCUAGACUCUGGAAAUUUGGUUGUAAGACAAGACAAUGGCGGCAAGAUUCUGUGGCAAAGUUUUGACUACCCAACGGAUACUUUGUUAUCAGGUAUGAAGCUGGGGUGGGAUCUGGAAACAGGUUUUGAUAGGUAUUUAACUUCAUGGAGAAGCAAAGAUGAUCCUUCAUCUGGGGACUUUUCUUUCAGGAUAGAUUCUCAUGGAUUCCCAGAAAUAUUUUUGUGGAACAAACAAGAAAAAAAAUACCGGAGUGGGCCAUGGAAUGGGAUUAGAUUCAGUGGUGUUCCAGAAUUGAAACCUCUACCUAACAUGAACUUCGAAUUUGUUAUAGAUCAAGAUGAAGUAUAUUAUUCAUUUGGAAUAACUGACACGAAUUUACAGUCAAGAUUGAUGGUCGAUUCAUCUGGGCUACUUCAAAGAUUCACAUGGGUUGAAGAGAGACAAACAUGGAACCCUUAUUGGUAUGCACCAAAGGAUCAGUGCGACAAUUAUCGAGAGUGCGGUCCAUAUGGGAUAUGUGACGCCAAUGCUUCACCUGUGUGUAAAUGCAUGAGAGGAUUUCAGCCUAAAAAUCCUCAGGCAUGGAGUUUGAGACUGGGUUUAGAUGGGUGUGUUAGAAAAACAGAGUUGCAAUGCGAGAAGGACAAGUUUUUGCAUUUGAAGAACAUGAAGUUGCCUGAAACUACCACCUCAUUUUUUGACAUGAAUAUGACUCUUAAGGAUUGUGCGGCGUUGUGCUCGAGGAAUUGUUCUUGUACGGCUUAUGCCAAAGCAGAUGUACGCCCCGGCGGCUUAGGUUGUGUCAUAUGGACGAGUGACCUCCUCGACAUGAGGCAAUAUGCAGAUGGUGGCCAAGGCCAAGAUCUCUAUGUUAGAUUGGCUGCUUCCGACAUAGGUGAUGGUAGGCAUGUAACUUCUCUAAUAAUAGGCUUUACAGUUGCUGGAUCCAUUUCGGUUUUAGGAUUCGGCGCCUUUUUUCUGUGGAAAGGGAAAACAUUGCUUACACAAAAACGGAAGGCACAACCGAAAGGUCCUCUGGAAAGAAGCCAAGAUUCACUAUUGAAUGAAGUGGCUAUUUCAAGCAAGAGAGACUACACUAGUGAAAUAGCCGAUGAACUAGAAUUGCCACUGUUUGAUUUCUACACCAUAGCAACAGCCACGGACAACUUUUCUGAUGAUAAUAAACUUGGAGAAGGUGGCUUUGGCUGUGUUUACAUGGGUAGGUUAAUUGAGGGUCAAGAAAUAGCAGUGAAGAGGCUCUCAAGAAACUCUGGGCAAGGAAUUGAAGAAUUCAAGAAUGAGGUCAAAUUAAUUGCCAGGCUUCAGCACAGAAAUCUGGUUCGGCUUCUUGGUUGCUGCAUUGACAUGGAUGAAAAGAUGCUGGUAUACGAGUACAUGGAAUAUAGAAGCCUGGAUUCCAUUUUAUUCAAUAAAGCAAAAAGCAACCUACUGAAUUGGCAAAGGCGCUUCAACAUCAUUUGUGGGAUUGCUCGAGGACUUCUGUAUCUUCACCAAGAUUCUAGAUUUAGAAUUAUUCAUAGGGAUUUGAAAGCAAGUAACAUUCUGCUUGAUAAGGACUUGAACCCGAAAAUAUCAGACUUCGGUAUGGCCAGAAUAUUUGGAGGAGAUCAAAUAGAAGCAAAGACUAAAAGAGUGGUUGGAACAUAUGGGUAUAUGUCUCCUGAAUAUGCAAUGGAUGGACUCUUCUCAGCGAAAUCCGAUGUUUUCAGCUUUGGAGUUCUGUUGUUGGAGAUUGUAAGUGGUAAGAAGAAUAAAGGAUUUUUUCACUCAAACAGUGAACAUAACCUCCUUGGACAAGUAUGGCGAAUGUGGAAGGAAGGAAAGGCAUUGGAGGUAGUAGAUUCAGCAGUGGCAGAUUCAUAUCCUGCACAUGAAGUAUUGAGAUGUGUACAGGUUGGGCUCUUAUGUGUCCAAGAGAAUGCAGAAGAAAGGCCAGAAAUGUCAACCGUGAUUUUGAUGUUGGGUAGUGAAACUGCAACAAUACACCAGCCUAAAACCCCUGGUUUUUGCUUAGAAAGAAACCCUCCUAAAACUGAUUCAUCCUCAGGUAAGCACGAUGAAUCAUGCACAGUAAACCAGGUCACCAUUACAAUGCUAGAUGCUAGGUAGUGAAAAGUAUAAUAUCAAAUGUGUUCAACUUCGGUGUGUUAAUUUUGGGGACAGUAAGUGGCCAGAACAACAGAGGAUUUAAUCAAACUGCUGAUGGUUUCAAAUCUUAUAGGACCUUUAAGUAGUGAAAAGUUUAUUAAUAUCUUCUACCCUCUUAAUAUAUUUCUGCUACAAAGUUGCAUUCA